AUGGCUGACAGAUACUCUUUCUCCCUGACUACAUUCUCCCCUAGCGGAAAGCUGGUGCAGAUUGAAUAUGCCUUGAACGCAGUCAACCAGGGUGUCACAGCACUCGGUAUCAAAGCUACCAACGGCAUUGUGCUCGCGACCGAGAAGAAGUCCUCCUCGCCCCUCAUCGAUCCCCCAUCUCUGUCCAAGAUUUCCUUGAUUACACCUGAUAUUGGCAUGGUCUACGCCGGCAUGGGCCCCGACUACCGGGUACUGGUGGACAAGGCCCGCAAGGUCUCGCACACAAACUACAAGCGCGUCUACAACGAAUACCCGCCCACCCGGAUUUUGGUGCAGGACGUCGCCCGGGUUGUCCAAGAAGCUACGCAAUCCGGAGGUGUGCGGCCGUACGGUGUCAGUCUGUUGGUUGCGGGCUGGGACGAGGGCGUUGAGCCCGAGUCGGAGGAGGCCAAGAAGGACGACCCUGAGGAAAAGACAUCCAGCAAGACCGGUGGUAUCAAGAAGGGCGGUCCCAGUCUUUACCAGGUCGACCCCAGUGGCAGCUACUAUCCGUGGAAGGCCACAGCGAUCGGCAAACACGCAACGAGCGCCAAGACGUUCCUAGAGAAGCGAUACACUGAGGGACUUGAGCUGGAAGACGCUAUUCACAUUGCGUUGUUGACGCUCAAGGAGACUAUUGAAGGCGAGAUGAAUGGUGACACGAUAGAAAUUGGCAUUGUCGGCCCGCCAGCAGACCACCUGCUGGGCAUUGAGGGUGUGGAGGGUUCUCAGGGACCUCGAUUCCGCAAGUUGACCAAGGAGCAGAUCGAGGACUACCUGACCAAUCUGUGA